GGCGGUGCCUUGGAUAACACCUGAGUUGCAGGAGCCACGCGGUUUCACUCUGCACACCAUCGACCGAUCUCGUCUCCUGUUUCUCCUUGAGGCGCCUUUUGUUUCCCUUCGCUUCUUGAGCCAACAUUGCUAUCACGGAGAUGCAAUAGUCUCGGUUCGUGCUCGUUACGAUGGAAUAACCUCUCGGCCACGGCAAUUUCCGCGCCAUCAAAAUCCCUCUUUUUUCCCCUACGCUUCACCCAGCGCGGUCAAGUCAGAUUCUAUCUCCAUCCUCCACCCACUCUCAACACCAAUUCAUGGCUCAAAACGGUCAGUUGCAUGCCAUCCAGCGCUCUGUAUGGAAAGCCAGGUUGCCUCUAGAAAUCCGACUAGCCGCCUCAGAAUGUCGAAGUUUUGACCAAGCCGAUCCCUACCUGAUCGCUUUCCCUCGACUUUCCUACUUGCCUUUGUUGCUCCCGCGUCUACACGCCUUUUUCCAAAGCUCACUGAUAGCCGACCCCGAGACCGUGUCGCCGUAUGCUGGCUAUUUUACGUACGACAACGUCCCCCUGAAGUGGCAUUUACCAUUGGGGCUUCUAUACGAUAUAUACGUCUUGUCCACGCAAGAUGCUGGUCCUGACCAUGCAGCCUCGGACUCUUUGCCGUUUCGGUUGACGUUACACUUCACUCCAGACGAGACAAGGCCGUCGAUGCUGGACGCGACCCCUGUGGUGUUGCAUGACUCGUUCAUCAAUUCAGUCAAAGAGGCAGACUUUCUUCGGUCAGGAACGGCGAAACCGAUCAUGACCUUGUCGGCCCAGGAGAGUAAGGCUUUGUGGACUUCGACCCAGGAAGGUGACUUGAUGACUUUUUCAAAAAUCUACAGCAGCCUGGUGCCAGCCCCCGGACAGUUACGCAACGUCCCUCUGCGUGUCUACCUGCCGUCUCCGCCUGAUCAAGACCCGAGUAAGGCUCAGAUAAAGGUUCUACAGUCACACAUCUCUCCUACCAUGACGGGUGUUGGUCAGACCUCACCAGCAGCACUCCGAGGUGGUAGCAGCAGUACAGGACAACCUCAGACAUUAGGCACGGCUCUACAUGAACUGAUACCAAGCCUAUUUCCCUCGCGGAGGACUCCUAUCCUCGCUACGCCUCUCUUACAUGGCGCACCUAUACCUAUGACCGCCAAUCUAGACGAACUGCUUCGUUGGGGCUGUUAUGCAGAUGGCUGGCUGUCCGUUGUACUGGCCAUGCGCGGAUAGAUGAGAUCAGAAGAGGCUACAAUAAUGAUGAAUGCAAACAGAUAUUCUAUGGAAGUGCAUGAUAAUACCCUUUCCAACCAUAGUGUGAUAUACUGAG